AUGGAUACUGGAAACCUGCCUAACAGGAAUAAUAAUACUGAUAAUAACGUUAAGAAUAAUUAUGAUAAUGCUCCUUUAAUACCUCCUGAUUUGAAUAAUCCACCAUCUUUCUUGGAUUUGAAAUCAAUCUAUGACAGAUACUUAUUAGUAGAAGAAUUAGGUAAUGGAUCCUUCGGUUGCGUCACAUUGGCCAAAGCUCAAUUUGAUAUCAAUGAACUUUCUCAAAUUUCUUCGAAAAGAUUCAAUAAUACUUUAUUAGAUCAAAAUGAAAAUGUUAUUGGAAAUCAUCAAAAUUAUAUUGCUAAAAAGCAAGGCUUAGUGGCAAUAAAAACAAUGUUAUCAAGAUUACCAACUUUACAUGACUAUACAAGAGUAAGGGAAAUUAAAUUUAUCUUAGCUGUACCUGCAAGUAAAUAUUUAAUUCAAAUUUUUGAAAUGUUCAUUGAUACUAUAAAUUUCCAAUUACAUAUUGUCAUGGAAUGUAUGGAACAAAAUCUUUAUCAAAUGAUGCUUCAUAGAAGGAAAAGAGUCUUUUCCAUACCAUCUUUAAGAUCCAUAUUGGCUCAGAUUUUAGCUGGUAUUAAACAUAUUCAUGAUAAUAACUUCUUCCAUAGAGAUAUUAAACCUGAAAACAUUUUAAUUUCUCCCAGUAAAAGAUAUUUUGAUAAAACUUUAUUGAAAACAGGAUUUUACCCUGAUAAUUAUGUGGUAAAAUUAGCUGAUUUUGGCUUAGCAAGAAAUAUUCAAAAUAAAAAUACUUUUACACGCUACGUUUCCACUCGUUGGUAUAGAUCUCCAGAAAUAUUAUUAAGAAAUGGAUUUUAUUCUACACCAUUAGAUAUUUGGGCCUUUGGAUGUGUCGCAAUUGAGGCAACAAUUUUUAAACCUUUAUUCCCCGGUACAAAUGAAUUGGAUCAACUUUGGAAAUUAUUAGAAGUCUUAGGAACUCCAUACGGUGAUGAUGACAUCAUUAAUGGCAAUAAAUAUGAUUCUUACGGUGGAAUUUGGAAUAAAGCAAAAAAAUUAUCAAGAAAUUUAGAAUUUGAAUUACCAAAAAUUAAAGGUGUUUCAUUAGAAAAAUUUAUAUCAAUGCCUGAAUUAAAUGAUUUAUUAAGAAUGGUUAAAAGAUGCUUAAGAUGGAAUCCUGACGAAAGAGCAACUGCCGCUGAAUUAUGUUCCAUGGAUUUCUUCAAUGAUACAGUAGCAAGGGAUGAAUUAGAAAGAACUCAAAAAUUAUCAUCAAUUAGUAAUGAAAGUAGCAUUGGCCAUAAUCAUAGAAAAGAUUCAUCAUCAAUUAAGAAAAAUUCUACUUCGAAGAAUGAUGUAAAGACUAAUGCAGAGCAAGCAUUAAUAUUUGCUGGUAUAAAUUCCGGGAACCUUAAAGCUCCACAACUGUCUUUUACCUCUCAAAAUAAUCAUACGAAUCAUACUAAUUAUACGGAAGGAAUGAAUGAAAAUGAGAAUCCAAUUGUCUCUACCAAUGUUAAUAAUAACGAUGUUAUUUCAAAGGAUGCAUUUUAUAAUAGUCAUAACAUAAAUUCACAAACUCAAAUACAAAAAAAUUUCGAAUUAAAUGCAAAAUUGAAUAAUAUUCGUUUGGAUUCAAAAUCACAAAGGAAUCAACAACAACAUUUAGAUGGACAAAUUCUUGAAAUGCAAAAUAUAAAUACUAUUGGAUACUUAAAUGAUGAUUUUAAUGUAGAUUACCAUCAAAAAAAUAAAGAUGACAUUAAUAGAAAUCUAAAUAUGAAUAAUGAUGAUACCAUUGAUUCUGAUUCUACCAUUCCAACUGAAAAUUGUGAUGAAAUAGACCUUUCAAAGGAAAUUGAGAAAAAUCUUUCAAUUGAUGUUCCACAAGAAUUUGAUCAAUAUAUAAAAAAUCAAAAUAACCAUUGUAACAUCCUUGAAAACGAGAAUGGAAUUGGAAGUAACGCAAAUAAUUCUGAAUCAUUCAAUCAAUAUAUUUCCGAUUUAAAUUUUAUGGAUUAUAAUCCUGAGAAUGAAUUACAACAAGAAAAUGACAUCUUAAAUUAUUAUGCUGAUGAAGACGAAGAUGACGACGAUGGUGAUGAUGACAAUGAACAAGAAGGAAACCCAGUUGCUAAUAAUAACGACGAAAAUGUCGAUAUUGAUGAUAAUAUGAAAGGAAAAGAUGAUGAUGAACAAGAUGAAGACGAAGUUUAUCCUAACAUAACGAGUUCGUAUAAUACUAAUACCAAUAAUAAUACUAAUAAUAAUGGGUCCUUCUAUGUUUAUUAUAAUGACGAGGGAAAUAAUCAUGUAAAUAGUAAUGCCGAUAAUUUUACAACAACGAAUCAAAUGUUAGAUAACUUCUUAAUAGAGAAUUCAUCUCAUUCGAUACCUUUCCAAAAUGUGAAUAAAACUCCGAGAACGUUCACUUUUCCUUAUCUUGGGCAUUCUGAACAGAAUACUAAUAAUUUUUCGCAUAAUCAACAUCAUAAUAAUCAUAAUAAUAUCAGAAAUAAUAAUACUUCAUCAAUACUAGAUACAAAUGAUUUCUUCAGUAACGUAACAUAUUAA